UUUAGUAAUUUACUCUGGAAAUGGUGGGAGAGAGAGUGACCUUCUUCGUUCUCCUCUCGACCCCCGUCUCUGAACGGCUUCGGCCACCGUCUCUACGGUGAUCUGAUGGACAUACCGGUCCUUCAUGUUGGGGCGUGCACGGCUGCUUGAUUUUUUUCUUUCCCCCCUACAAAUCCCCCCCGUUUUGAUUUUCCCACUGAAUAUUCUUGGCACCUCCCUCUUCCGUUCACAGUCAGGUGUCAUGGCGGCAGGAACAGAACGCCCCUCAUCCAAGCGUAACUGGGCGAGGAGAAGAGCCGGCAAACCUUCACUAGAAGGGGAAGACCAAGACAGGAUCAGCGAUUUACCCGUGGAUUUGAUAGAAAGGAUCUUGUGCCUUUUGCCGCUCAGGGAAGCGGCGAGGACUAGUAUCUUGUCUAGGAGCUGGAGAUACACGUGGACGGCUCUCACGGAGCUAGUCUUUGAUGAACACUGCACUCCCUUACCCUCCCGAGACAAGUCCAUUGCCGAGAGGCUGGUGAAAAUUAUUGACACCGUCCUCUUGCAUCACUGGGGUCCUAUAAAGAAGUUUGUGCUCUCUCAUGGGAGGUUUAAAGGCACCAGUGACAUCGACCGCUGGAUAAUGCACCUGUCGAGGAUGUCCGUGACUGACUUCACCUUUCACCUUGAGUAUAACGAUCCGUUCUGCAUUCCAUCCUGUUUGUUUCACUGCCGACAUUUGGUUAAGUUGGACCUCGCGCAUUGUUCGCUUAAACUGCCUCCUGCAUUUGAAGGGUUUGAAAAUCUGGAAAGCUUGCAGCUUACUGCAGUUAACUUGACUCAAGAUUCACUUGAGAAACUAAUCUCUAGUUGCCCUCAAUUGAGUGAACUGGAUUUGUUGCUAGCUGAUCAUAUUACCCAUCUCACCAUUGAUGCACCCAAUCUUAAGGAACUUGCAAUCUACGGUGAUUUAGGAGACAUUAAUUUUGGCUGCAACUCUUUGACUCGAGUAGAAAUGGGCUCAUUUUAUAUGGAGUAUGAGCAUGCUCAAGCCAAUGAAUAUCACAGCAAUCUGGAGAAAUUCUUCACGCAGCUGCUGCUCAUCCGGGUUCUCCGAAUUGAGGAGGAAGGACUAAAGUAUUUAUCAGUUGGUAAGGUUCCAACGGUGUUGCCGAAUCCAAUUGUCAAUCUGGAGAUCAUCGUCAUCAAAGCAGACCUGAGCUGUCUUAGGGAUGCUUUAACUACACUUUGCAUCCUAAGGAGUUCCCCCAACCUAGAACAGAUAGUUUUCAGUUUAUGUUCAGAACAUGAAGUGGCUGAUGAGGAUGAAAUUGAAGACUGUAGCGAGAUAUACCGUUCACCUUCUCCACUGAAGGCUUUGAGGUUUGUCAGUGUUUGUGAUUCAAACAACAGGCCGCAGGAAAUGAGCUUUUUGAAAUUUGUCCUUUUGAACUCGCCAGUCUUGGAGAAGAUGGAAGUUCACGUCUCCCGUGCUGGUCCAGAUAUGAUCAGAGCAGACAAGUUGUUGGAAAAGUUGGAGCAGUUUCAAAGAGCUUCUGCUCAGGCACAGAUCAUCGUUGGCUAGGAUACUCCGAGCUAUGCAGCUGGAAUUGGCUUGGCGAUGCAAUUGCUCUCUAUGUUUUGUCUCUGUGGUUCAGUUUGCCCUAAAGUAAAGAUCACUUGAACUGGAGUUGUGUAUUUGUCUGUAGGCAAAUACCUAUUUCUUUUCCUUGAACCAUCUCCCUCCGGCCGUUGCUAUUCCCUCCGCCGGUUGUUUUUGAUUAUCAAGAGCAGACGUGUAAAAUAUAUUUAAGAUCUUUAACACCGUCUCUCAUGAUGGAAGCACAUGAAGGGAUGAGAAUAUCUAAACAGAUGAAAAAGUUUCGUUGACGGACAACCUUAGACAAUGUAACUCGAAUUAUUGCAGGAAGUA